CUUGUAAGUUGCAUCACACAUAUCUCAAAUCUCAAUCUACUUCCUCUUCCUCUUCCUCUUCACUGCGCUAAUCAAAACCCUAACCCUAUCUCUCCCUAAUUCAAUUCAUUUCUCUUCUCUGUAAUCAUCCAUGGAAGCCGUCGAUUCCAAUCCUCCCUACGAUCUAACGCCGCAAAACGCCAACGGAAUCCCAUCGGAGAACGGCCAGGCCGCCGCUGACAACGGUUCACAACCGCAGAUUUCGAAGCCUUUGGUUUCCGACAACGGAUUAACCGGCAACACCCGCAGCGGCACCGACAAGGACCAAUCCGGCGGCGAGGAGGAGACCACCAGCAGGCGCCGCCGACGUAGCCGCUGGGACCCGCAGCCGGACUCCAACGAGCAGGCCGGCGGCGAUUCGGGACCCAAGAAGAGGAAGUCGCGGUGGGCGGAUGAUGAUCCGAAGCCGUUGAUUCAGCUACCUGAUUUCAUGGGAGGUAUUGAAUUCGAUCCUGAGAUUCAAGCUCUGAAUAGCAGGCUUCUUGAGAUUAGUCGAAUGUUGCAGUCCGGUUUGCCUUUGGAUGAUCGUCCUGAAGGUGCUCGAUCUCCUUCGCCUGAACCUAUAUAUGAUAACAUGGGAAUUAGGAUCAAUACGAGAGAGUAUCGUGCUCGUGAGAGGUUGCAGAAAGAGAGGCAAGAAAUUAUAUCGCAAAUCAUCAAGAAAAACCCUGCGUUUAAGCCACCUGCAGAUUAUAGGCCACCCAAGCUUCAGAAGAAGCUUUAUAUUCCAAUGAAGGAGUACCCUGGUUACAAUUUCAUAGGACUUAUCAUUGGCCCUAGAGGUAACACCCAGAAGCGGAUGGAGAAAGAGACGGGUGCUAAGAUUGUGAUUCGGGGUAAAGGGUCUGUGAAAGAAGGGAGAUUGCAGCAGAAGAGGGAUUUGAAACCUGAUCCUUCUGAGAAUGAGGAUUUGCAUGUUUUGGUGGAGGCAGAGACGCCGGAUGCGCUUGAGGCGGCUGCAGGCAUGGUGGAGAAGCUCUUGCAGCCUGUGGAUGAGGUGUUGAAUGAGCACAAGAGGCAGCAGCUUAGGGAGCUUGCUGCUUUGAAUGGGACCAUUAGGGAUGAGGAGUAUUGCAGGUUGUGUGGUGAACCUGGUCAUCGCCAAUAUGCAUGUCCUACCAGGACAUCAACGUUUAAGAGUGAAGUUGUGUGUAAGCAUUGUGGGGAUGGUGGUCAUCCUAGCAUAGAUUGUCCGGUCAAGGGUGCUACUGGGAAGAAGAUGGAUGAUGAGUAUCAGAACUUUUUAGCAGAGUUGGGAGGUACGGUUCCAGAAUCCGCAACUAAGCAAACCAGUACACUGGCAAUUGGUUCGGGCAAUUCCGGAAGCAACCCUCCUUGGGCCAACAACAAUGGUGGCUCCACUGGUGGUGCAGCACAAGCUGGAUUAGGGGCUGGUGCAGUUAAGAAGGAAAUCGAUGAUACAAAUUUGUACAUUGGGUAUUUGCCACCAACUCUUGAGGAUGAUGGCCUGAUCCAAUUGUUUCAACAGUUUGGUGAGAUUGUUAUGGCUAAAGUUAUCAAGGAUCGAAUGACAGGGUUAAGUAAAGGAUACGGGUUUGUGAAGUAUGCUGAUAUAACGAUGGCAAACAAUGCAAUCUUGGCCAUGAAUGGUUAUCGCCUUGAGGGUCGAACCAUUGCUGUUCGAGUUGCGGGCAAGCCUCCUCAGCCUGUUGUACCUCCUGGACCACCAGCGUCUGGUAUGCCCACUUACCCUGUUCCGAGCCAGCCACAUGGUGCGUAUCCAUCGCAGCAGCAAUAUGCCGCCGGCGGUCCCCUUGGGGUUGCUCCCCCGACAAACUAUGGUGGCACCCCAGUCCCAUGGGCUCCUCCCGUUCCUCCUCCAUAUGCCCCUUAUGCACCUCCCCCACCUGGGUCGACUAUGUAUCCUCCUAUGCAAGGUCAACCUAUGCCUCCUUAUGGUGUUCAUUAUCCUCCUCCCCCUGGUGCCCCACCCCAGCCUGCAACUUCUAAUGAGCAGCAAAGUUACCCUCCCGGAGUGCAGUCUGAUAAUAGUACCUCUACUCAGUCUAUACCAGCCAGUAUGUACGGGAACACAGUACCUUCAAUGCCUCCACCACCUCAACCUACAUAUCCUCCAUCAUAUGGAUAUCCACCUUACUACAAUGCAGUUCCUCCACCACCCCCACCUGCACCUGUUACUUCAGAACAAUCCCCCAGCUUUGGUAAUGUGCCUUGGGCCAGCAAUCCCAUGGUGCCACCCCCUCCUUCAGAUAAUCAAUCCCAGCCCAGGGCUACAAACCCACCUUUGCCUCCUGCUUCAUCAGCUGGUGAUUCCGAGUAUGAGAAGUUCAUGGCAGAGAUGAAAUGAUUUAGUUUCAUCAUACAUCGAAGUCCCAAAAGGCCUGAUGUUUCUUGGAGCUCUUGUGAACCUGAUUUCUUAACCUCUUGCCAUGUCUUUCUUGGAAGUUUGGGACUCACCUCUUUAACCUUGCUGUACUGUUAUGAAAUUUGCAGAAAUUUGGGCUAGAAGUUGGGAAUGGUCUUCAUGCAGCAGAUGCAACAUCAAAAGCUUAUUAUGUUUUAUGACUAUUAUUAAUCUUUUCUUAACGUGUAGGACUUAUUUCUGUCUGAAUUAUUUUUCUGUGGUAUUUUAUUGAUUUACACAAUAAUGUGUGGUUGCUAAUGUUUCCCUUUAGAAGUUCAUUUGAACUCAUGGCAGCUGGUUCCUGGUGUUUCAUGGGUUUAUACUUCUCUGCUGUCAUUUUGUUGAACUGAUUCUAACUAAUAGUUUUUAUGAUGAGCUAAAAUCUUUUUUGUUUGA